UCUUCGGGGAGGGCUUGCCAUGAGCACACCCCGUUCCCUCCCCCUGGGCUGAGAGAAACAUGGGACCAGCCCUGCCCCAGCCUGUCCUCAUUGGUUGGCAUCAGGCGGAGGGGGCUUUAAAAAGGCAAACAGGUCCCAGGCUGGGGACCGGAGCCUGUGCUGCUGGAAGGCUGGGUGCCCUCCUCUGGCUGGCACCAUGCAGGCUCUCUCUUGCUCUGUGUCUCGUCUGCUUGCUGGUGCAUGCAGCCUUCUGUGCAGUGGAGGGCCAGGGGUGGCAGGCCUUCAAGAACGAUGCCACAGAAAUCAUCCCCGAGCUGGGCGAGUACCCCGAGCCUCCACCAGAGCUGGAGAACAACAAGACCAUGAACCGGGCGGAGAACGGAGGGCGGCCCCCUCACCAUCCCUUUGAGACCAAAGACGCAUCCGAGUACAGCUGCCGCGAGCUGCACUUCACCCGCUACGUGACGGACGGGCCGUGCCGCAGCGCCAAGCCGGUCACCGAGCUGGUGUGCUCGGGCCAGUGCGGCCCCGCGCGCCUGCUGCCCAACGCCAUCGGCCGCGGCAAGUGGUGGCGCCCGAGCGGGCCCGACUUCCGCUGCAUCCCCGACCGCUACCGCGCGCAGCGGGUGCAGCUGCUGUGUCCCGGGGGCGCGGCGCCGCGCGCGCGCAAAGUGCGCCUGGUGGCCUCGUGCAAGUGCAAGCGACUCACCCGCUUCCACAACCAGUCCGAGCUCAAGGACUUCGGGCCCGAGGCCGCGCGGCCGCAGAAGGGCCGAAAGCCGCGGCCCCGCGCCCGGGGCGCCAAAGCCAACCAGGCCGAGCUGGAGAACGCCUACUAGAGGCCGCCCGCCGCGCCGCGCUCCCCAACCCGCGCCCCAGCGCAGGCGCCCCGGUUUCUGCCCUCUGCGCGCGGUCUGAUUGUUUGUAUCUCAUUGUAAAUGCCUGCAACCCAGCGCAGGGGCGCCGAGACCUUCCGGGCUGCGGAUCCCGGGGGCCAGCAGAGCCCCCCAGCCCCCCGCGUCCGGAGGGGGUCCCGCAGGGCAGGGGAGGGCCCCGAGAGUCACAGACACUGAGCCACGCAGCCCCGCCCACCGGGGCCGCCCACCUUUACUGGUCCCUUUUCAGAGGAGGCAGAAAAGCAAGCAUUUCACCGCCCGGGGGUUCUAAGGGAGCGGUGGGGAAUGAGGAGAGUCCGGGGACUGGUUAAGAAAGUUCGCUAAGAUUCCUCCUCCACUCCUCUGCCCCCCAUAGAGCCGUUAGCGCCUUGUUGUGCCAAGAACACAGGACUGGGGUUCAUAGGGCUCCUAGUCCGGACUCUGCCACUGACCUGCUGGAAGACCUUAGACCACGCUCUUUUCUGUCCAGAUUCUGUCCUCGGGUUCUUCUUUGGAAAAUGGAGGUGGGGCUGCGAUUUGCAUCUCGAGGAAUCUAAUGUCAUGUGAUUCCAAGGCCUUGGGUGCCUUUUGAAUGGGCAAAGGAGAGGUUGGAUUGAAUUACUGCCAUGGUCACAUCCAGAAUUCAGAGUUGUAAUCCUCUGAUCUGACAGGCAAAGAUGAAAAACAAGAGUGGUGGUGGUGGGGGAGUCUUCUUUAUGGCUGACAAACUCCUGGAAGAAACUGUGUUUCUUUCCAGCCUGGCCUCCCCAGAUGUUUGCCUACCUCCACCCCUCCAUCUCAAAGGAUGCACAAGCAAUGCCACCAAUUGAGGCAAAGGAGAAGGUCCCAAGGCUGGGGUGAUGGGGAGAGAAGUAUGAGUGGGGACAGAAAUCACCCCCUUGUUCCUAAAGAACAGCACCCCCCACCAUGGCCACUUUUUAAAGUCACCUCUGCAGAGAAGCUCUAAACCCCAGGACACUGGGCUUGCAGGCCCAAGGGAGCAGCCACCACCUAUUCAAAGACAAGCAGAUCCAUUUGGAGGCACCUCCGCCUGCCUUCCACUCGCAGACACAAUUCUGUCUAGAAACUCGCUUCUUAGUGCUGUUACCUGUGAUGGCAUAUCUUACAUUAAAAUCAUUUUACUUGGGGGAAAAUGACAAGUGCUGUACAUAUGCUGAGAAAACCGCAGAGCCUAAUAGCUGUCAUCCAAAAAUCUUUCUGAAAGUCAUUUCCAGACACCUCUUAUUUUCUGUGUAGUUUUUAAUUGUUAAAAAAAAAAAAACAGAAGA